UAAUCCCAUUAAUAGAAAAUCCAUAUAUUGUAUAAUCGUAUUUUGAGCUAGAAUCGGUCGCGAUAAACAACGAUUAGUUUACAAAUCGGAUUGAAACUGGAACACAUUGAUGUAACGUGUGACAGGGCCAGUAUAAAAAGAUGGCACGUCAGCAGCAGGCCGACGUUGAUGAAUUAUUCGAUGUUAAAAAUCAUUUUUACAUCGGUAAUUAUCAACAAUGUAUCAACGAAGCCCAAAAACCAUCUACGUCAGAAAUAGCUCUGGAACGAGAUGUAUUUCUGUACCGAGUUUACAUAGCACAAAGAAAAUUCCGAGUGGUACUGGACGAAAUAAAUAAUUCAUCUCCAUCAGAUCUACAGCCACUGAAAAUGCUGGCGGAAUACUUUGCCAAUUCAAAUAGGCGUGAAGCGAUCAUUGCUGAACUUGACCAAAUAGCCAAAAAUGCUAAUAUAGACAAUCACAACUUCAUGAUUGUUGCAGCGACAAUUUAUUAUCAUGAAAAGAAUUUAGAAUCUGCAUUAAGAAUAUUGCGAAAUGCGGAUAAUCUGGAAUGCCUCGCUCUUACACUACAAAUUUAUCUUAAAAUGGACCGUCUCGAUUUGGCAAGAAAAGAACUUAAAGCAAUGCAAGAAAAGGAUGACGACGCUACUUUAACCCAAUUAGCUCAAGCCUGGCUCAAUAUAAGUAGCGGAGGUGAUAAACUCCAAGAUGCAUAUUAUAUAUUCCAGGAAAUGAUUGAUAAACAUUCAAGCACAAGCAUGCUGUUAAAUGGUCAAGCGACAUGCUUUAUUGGACAAGCAAAAUAUGAAGAGGCAGAAUCGGCGUUGCAAGAAUCAUUGGACAAAGAUAGCAACAAUCCAGACGCAUUGAUUAAUAUGAUUGUUCUUUCGCAGCAUAUGGGGAAGCCACCAGAAGUUGUAAAUCGCUACUUGAGUCAGUUGAAGGACUCCCAUUUAGACCAUCCUUUUGUUAAAGAAUAUUUGCAAAAAGAAAUUGAGUUUCAGAGACUCAAAAAACAAUAUUCACCAUCCGCCUGAGUAUACCAACUACGGUACUGGCACUCAAUUGGAUGAUAAAAGUAUCGUAUUACUUGAUGACGUGAAAAGAGUGCUGAAUACUAGACAGCAGUGAGCGUUGAGUAAAAAUUUCUAUUUCUUUGACCAAAACAUGUACCGACUGCACAUUUAAAUUGGGUGCAAUUUGAGGCAGUUCUGAUGAUAAGAAUAUAUAAAGAAAGCCGUAAGAUGAGAUGAUACGAUAGAUGAUAAAUUCAGGGUAUGGUUGAAAGAAUGUUAUUCAACAAUAAAUUAAGGCUAGAUAGGUAUUUUCAUUGGAUAAAUGUGAUUCUGACUAUUGUUCAGUGUCACCUGAAACUUGAAUUAAUUUGUUUUCAUGCAACGGCUGAUUUCUGAAUCUAUGUCUUCGUGCUCAAAUACAAAAAUAUUUUAUAUUUUUUUCCACAUUACAUUGAGUUUUGCACAAAUCACAAGCGAUUUUUACGCCUUUGCCAAACGAUACUGCUGUCUGGUUUUUCUUUUGUGAAGAGUAAUUGAAUUCGGAGAAAUUAUUUCAUAUAUCAGUGGAACUCAAUAUUGUGACAACUUUCAGUUCACUAAAGUAUGUACGAGUAAUUAUAAAAUUGUUCAACAAUUUACAAAAUUGAUGGAAUGAAUAUUAACGUAAAUCAAAAGCUCUACUUCUGUCCAGGAUUAUGUGAACAUCCAAAUAUUUUAUUUCGUUACCAUAUUAUUUUCGUUGCAAAACAAAAAAAAAGAAGAAAUUAACAAUACUGCCGCAAAUUUUUUAAUCAACGAUAGGACUUAAGAAAUAAGGGUAAUAUCCAUCUUGCAUGAAUCGUAUUUUCUAUUCCAUUCCCUUGAAUAAUAAACGGAUAUGUUAGAUUAUCUAAUUAUUGCCGUAUACUAUGGUAAUUGUAUUCUAUUAAUUCCAACCCUAUACCUAGAUUUUACUUUGUGCAUUAUCUCUCAAUGGCACAGAUAGAUGACCAAUGUACAAUUAUUUUCGCAUAAAAUAAAUAUUUCAAUUGCCCUGUAGUGACUAUUGCAAUAGUCAAAAGAAUAAAUGAAUAUAGACAUAUAUAUAACAGACAAAAUAUCAAAACAGAAUUAGUAAAAAUAGUACUAAAAAUUUUACCCGUGCAAUUUGCAUAGUGUUAGUCUCAUUAUUAAUAUAAGAAGAACUGGCACGUACUAUGAUCGUCCAUUAUAUGAAUAAGUCAAGGAAGUAUUCUAGGUACGCAUGUAGAUUUGAGUCAUGGUAUCACCAUUUCAAAGUGUUAUUACAAUAAUACAAAUUUUGUGAAGUGAUGUAAGUCUGCUUAAUUGAGACAAUACUAAAUGACAGGAAAAUAUAAUAUAUACCUAA